AGAGGAAGAAGUAUGGCGACAACAGAGCGACUCGGGCCCUCUCGGACCCGAAGAAAUAGUAAUAAAAACAUACUUACAAGGAUCAGACAUGGACAAAUCAGUGGCGGGGGACUUAGUCGAGGCACAGAGAUGUCUGAGGCCCUACUUCAAGAGAGGGACCAUCAGGCCAAGUGGCAUGGGAUUCCAGUGAUGCUGCAGAGACUGUAUGACAGCAGUCACCUCAACAGUGACCUCUCCCAGAUCCACUCCAUUAUCAAGGAAGUGGCAUCUUUUCUCUCCAUGGAGGCAAUGUCGUUUGUGACAGAGGACAGGAGAACAGCACAGGAGUCCACCUCUCCCAACACAUACACUUUUGACCUCUUUGGCGGCGUUGAUUUACUAGUGGAGAUUCUGAUGAGACCCACCCUCACCACGCAGACAAAUUUCCCUAAAAUGAGUGAUGACCUCGUCAAGGAUUGUUUAAGUGUUCUGUACAAUUGUUGUAUAUGUAUGGAAGGAGUCACUAAAAGUCUGGCAUCACGAGAUGACUUUGUCAUGUUUUUGUUUACGCUCAUGUCAAACAAGAAGACAUUUUUGCAAACCGCCACAUUGAUUGAGGACAUUCUUGGGGUCAGGAAGGAGAUGAUCCAGCUGGAGGGCAUCCCCAACCUGCCCAGUCUGGUCCAGAGCUUCAACCAGCAGCAGCUGGCCAACUUCUGCCGCAUCCUGUCAGUCACCAUCACUGAGCCGGACCUGGGCAACGAUGACAAGCACACACUGCUGGCUAAAAACGCCCAGCAGAAGACCAACCUCUGCCCUUCCCACUCUGAAGUCAACCAGGUGGCCCUGCUGAACAUCCCGGGCUUCAUUGAGCGGCUGUGUAAGCUGGCUACCAGGAAGGUGUCUGAGGCCUCGGGGGCAUCCAGCCUGUUACUGGAGCUUCAAGACUGGUACACCUUGCUGGACAACGCCCUGGUGCUGGACGCUCUUAUGCAGAUGGCCACAGAGGACGCCGAGCAGAGCAGCACAGAGUCGCCAGACGAGAGCUCUCUGGUCACCAGUCCUCUCAGGCACAGUCUGCCCCAGUCCAUGAAGAUCGUCCAUGAGAUCAUGUACAAGGUGGAGGUUCUCUAUGUGCUCUGUGUGCUCCUCAUAGGCCGCCAGAGGAACCAGGUUCACAGAAUGCUUGCAGAGUUCAAACUGAUUCCAGGACUCAACAACCUGUUUGACAAGCUGAUCUGGAGAAAGCAGACAUCCACCCACGUCCUCCACGGCCAGAACCAGAACUGUGACUGCAGCCCGGAGAUCUCCUUUAAAAUCCAGUUUCUACGACUACUCCAGAGCUUCAGCGACCAUCAUGAGAACAAGUAUCUCCUCUUGAACGCUCAGGAGCUGAAUGAGCUCAGUGCCAUCUCUCUGAAGGCCAACAUCCCUGAGGUGGAGGCUCUCGUCAACACGGACAGAAAUCUAAUCUGUGAUGGUAAAAAGGGCCUCCUGACACGGCUACUUUCAGUCAUGAAGAAAGAACCGGCCGAAUCCUCAUUCAGGUUCUGGCAGGCGAGGGCGGUGGAGAGCUUCCUGAGAGGAUCCACCUCCUACGCUGACCAGGUGUUCCUGCUCAAGAGAGGCCUGCUGGAGCACAUCCUGUUCUGCAUCAUAGACAGUGGCUGUAAGUCCAGGGACGUGCUGCAGAGCUACUUUGACCUGCUGGGGGAACUCAUGAAGUUCAACAUCGACUCCUUCAAGAGGUUCAACAAAUACGUCAACACAGAGGAGAAGUUCCAGACGUUCAUGACCCAGAUCAACAGCUCUCUGGUGGACUCCAACAUGCUGGUGCGCUGUAUCAUUCUGUCCCUGGACCGCUUCGAGAGCCAGACUGACGAUGUGAGAGUUGCAGAGGUGCUGUCAGAGUGCAGUCUGUUGUCCUACAUGGUCCGUGUGGAGAAUAGACUAACCAUCCUCUUCAAGCUCGUCAACAUCAUCAACGUGCAGACGCUCACACAGGAGAAUGUGAGCUGUCUGAACACCAGCCUGGUGGUAUUGAUGCUGGCCAGGAGACGGGGCAAGCUGUCCUUCUACCUCAACGCCCUGAGAGAGAAGGAGUACACAGAGAAGUACCCCGGCUGCCUGCUCAACAACUUCCACAACCUGCUGCGCUUCUGGCAGCGCCACUACCUCAACAAGGACAAGGACAGCACCUGUCUGGAGAACAGCUCCUGUAUCCUCUUCACCUAUUGGAAGGAGACCGUGUCGGUUCUGUUGGACUCAGACCGGACUUCACUAUGUGCCAUAGCCAGCUAUAUCGACGAGGCCUACAUGGAUCUGGGUAGAGACUUUCUGGAAGUUUAGUCCCUGCGAAGUUGUCUCUGGAAAAGAUGGGGGGGAUGGAAAGAAGAGAGAAAUGUCUCAAUCACCUGAAGACUGAACAGAUCUGAGCGCUCACUUCUUCACAUAGCUGUUAUUCAGGGAUCCAUCGGUGUACAGAAUGACUGUGUGCACAGUUUUGGGCAUGUGUAUGUAUUUUUGCAUUUGUUAGUGUGUGUGUGGAUAUGCUUUAGUGGGUGUGUGAGUAUUGGCUGUAGGAGUGGAUGCGUAUGCUUGUGUCGUGUGUGUGUGUGUGUGUAGCAGUGGAGGCUGGGGAGAGGAGCUAUAGGAGGACGAGCUCAUUGUAAUGGCUAGCAUGGAAUAAAUGGGUUUGUUUGUGUUUGAUACCGUUCCAUUUAUUCCGUUCCAGCCAUUACAAUGAGCCUGUCCUCCUAUAGCUCCUCCCACCAGCCUCCUCUGGUGUAUAGCUGUGUUGGGGUGUGUCACAUGCUGGAGUUUCCAUUCUGUUUUAUCUGUGGGGGAAAACAGUCAGCCAAUCAGCAGCCUUUCACUAACAGAAGGGAGAUGAUUUCUCGUACCCUGUUGUCACUAGUUACCACAGCCACAAAGUCAUAACCCUUGCCUAUUUUUCUCAUUUCUAUUCUUAAAAUGUGAUUUCAAACCGAACCUUAACCGCACUGCUAACCUUAUGUCUAAUCUUAAAUUAGGACUAAAAUGCUCAUUUUUGUUUAUAUGAAUUAUUAUGAUAUAGCCCAUUUAGUCUUUGUGGCUGUGGUAACUAGUGGAAACCCUCCUACCCUCUGGCAAAAAACGACGGUCCAACUUCAUAUUGAGUGGUGCCAAAACUCUGCAUUUACAUGGUAAUUACACUGGUACAUAUACAGGGUUAGUACUUACAACUGGUCUACCUGUUUUGAUGCUAGUGUAAUAGUCGAACACGAAGGAGAUGUUUUAACACAAUCAAUUUGAAUUUGUUUGCAGAUAUAAAGCAUGUUAAAUACAUAUUGUUGUGCAGUCAACGCAAUGUGUAAGUACACAAACUGGGAAAAGAACAUUACUCUGUAUCUAACGGUAUGUAAUUACUAUGUCAAAAUGUUUUAGGGACAUUUAAUACAAGUGGGACCAAAACAUUGAUAUUUAAGGGACAAGCAAUUGUUUUAUUUUGGUGGUCUAAAAAGGGACUCUAUAUUUAAUGAAAUGAUCCAUGUAAAUGAUAAAGUAUUUAGGUGAAGGACAAGGUCGACACAAGGCUCUGGAACAUGGACUCACCAGAAGCAUGAAUGUCUUGGGUCUGACAACACAGAGGGGACCUGACUGGCCAUCCUAAGUAACGUUAGGAAAGAUGCUUAACUUAUGGCAUGAGGAUACGAGACUCCCUGUUUCAGAAUGUGUAUCUGUAUGUGGCACUGGGCUUAUGUCUGAGCUCUUCUCAGAAAGUGAGUGAGAGUAUGUGUGUGUGUUCAUCUAAUACACAGGUAAGUAUCUGUAACUUCACUUUGUAAAGCGAUUGAGAUAAAUAACAGAACACCA